GUGUGAAACAUGUGGGCGUGUGAUCCGACGUUCACUUCGACGGUGAUGGACAGUUACGGAGACGUGGUUGGGUCCCCGUUCGCUCAAGCACUCACUAGUUUCCUCGCAGCGCAGUGUGCUCUUGUUGGAGACCAUCUGUGGCCAGAGGAUGCUAUUGACUCUGUUGUCAAUGGUAGUAGCUACGAUUUUGUGGUGGUCGGAGCAGGAUCAGCCGGCUCAGUCGUAGCAAGCCGUUUAAGUGAAGUCUCAGAAUGGAAAGUAUUACUAGUGGAAGCUGGAGGAAAUCCUACUUUAACUACAGAGAUACCACAAGUAUUUUACAACAACAUGGGAACUAAAGAAGAUUGGAAUUACAAGACCGAACCGCAAUCUGGCGCAUGUCUCAGUUAUAACAAUAAAGCAUGCGCCUGGCCUAGAGGAAAAACUCUAGGUGGAACCAGUAGUAUCAAUGCUCAAUUUUAUGUCAGAGGAAACAAAUUAGACUACAAUGAAUGGGGAGACAACGGUAACUACGGUUGGAGCUACGAAGAUGUUCUGUCUUACUUUAAAAAAAGUGAAAAAUAUAUGGGAGAUAUUUCAGCAAAUGAUACCUAUCAUAGCACAGAAGGUGAAUUAUAUGUCACAAAAGAUAAAAAUUUAACGCCUUGGGAAGAGUUAGUUCUUAAAGCAUACCGAGAGCUAGGAGUACAAAAUGUAGACGACAUAAACGGAGAAAAUCAAAUGGGUGUAACACAAAGUCAAAUUACCGUUUAUAACAAAACAAGAAUGAGUACCGCUAGAGCAUUUCUUUCGCCAAUUCGAAAUAGAAACAAUUUGCAUGUUAUCAAAAAUACAAUGGCUACAAAAAUCCUAUUUAAAGAGAAUAAUAAUAUCGUAAACGGAAUUUUGUUACACAGAAAUGGACAUGAUUUCAUUAUUAAUGUGAAAAAAGAACUAAUAUUGUCAGCAGGAGCAAUUAAUUCACCGCAACUUUUAAUGUUGUCCGGUAUUGGGCCACAAGAAGACUUAAACGCCCUAAAUAUUUCCGUAAAAGCUGAUUUGCAAGUCGGAAAAAACUUGCAAGAUCAUGUCUUUGUGCCAAUAAUAUAUACAGCACCCGUAAAUGAAUCAGAGCAUAUUACUCCAAGCAUUAUAACACAAAACUUCUACGAUUACAUGGUGAAUAAACAAGGCUUAUUGUGUGACACCAGUCCUCAUAGAAUUAUAGCCUUUGUCAACACCACUGAUUCGACUGCCACCAGUCCCGACUUACAAUUUCAUCAUGUUGUAUUUCCUCCAAAUAUUCAUUAUCUAUUAGAUAUGUUCGAAAAGCACGGGCUCAAGAGCGAUAUCGUAGAGCAAUUCCGUGAAAUGAAUAAAAAUAAAUACGCGGUGAUUAUAUAUAAUGUUUUAUUGAAACCGAAAUCCCGAGGAAAAAUUUCGCUUCAAAGCGAAAAUCCAUUUGAUCGUCCAUUGAUAUACGCUAAUUAUUUUAAUGACACUGAAGACAUGAAGACGCUGAUAAGAGGUAUGAGAAAAUAUUCUUUGAAAUUAGGCGAAACAGACACUUUCAAACAAGCAGGAUUACAUUUAGAAUGGUUUAAGAUACCAGCAUGUGAUAGCCUUGAUAAAACAAGUGACGAAUUUUUGGAGUGCGUUUCAAGAGAGUUAACGUUUUCUUUGUAUCACCCAACGGGCACGGUCAAAAUGGGACCACAGGGCGAUCCUACAGCAAUAGUGACACCUGAUUUAAAAGUACGAAAUAUCGAAAAUUUAAGAGUAAUCGAUGCUGGAAUUAUGUAUUCGAUUGUCAGAGGUAAUACCAAUGCACCAACAAUCAUGAUUGGAGAAAAAGGUGCAGAGCUUAUAAAGAAAUAUUGGCGCAACGCUAUCGUAUAA